UAAAUGUUUGCCAAGUUGCUUGCUUCGUCUGUCCUCUUCUUGUUAAAAUAAACAAUAAUACUACUACUACUAGUCCACAUUGAGUAUCUAAUCUAAUCUAUCACGAGAAGCAGCAUUCCUCUUCUUGUUUGUUUCACUUGACAUAGCAGAGCAGAGGAGGCCGGCGUCCAUCCCUUCCUCCCUCUCGUCGCCUCGCACAGCACAGGGGGUCCCUAAAUAUGCAAAACACCCCCUCUGCUCUGCCCAACAACCCUCAAGUUCAAGCAACGGUUGACCUUUCCCUCUCUCAACAAAACCACCCAAAUGCUGCUUCCAGCUCCAGACCCAAUCCUGCAGCCGACCUCACGGUCAGACACCUCACACUACCCAACGGUGACAUCUACUCCGGCACGACAUCAUGUGGGUUACCGGAUGGCACAGGCCGGUACGUCUGGUCUGGUACCGUCUGCAUCUACGACGGCGAGUGGAGGAGAGGGAUGAGGAACGGCCAUGGCAGAACAACAUGGCCGUCAUCAGGAGCUGUCUACGAUGGCGAGUACUCUGCUGGCUACAUGGACGGUGAAGGAACACAUGUCGAAACCUCCUCUUCUUCCUACAAGGGGCAAUGGAAGCUGGACCGCAAGCACGGCGUCGGCUUCCAAACGUACCCCAACGGAGACACAUACCUCGGUUCAUGGGCUCAAGGCCAGAUGGAAGGCCAUGGUAGGUACACAUGGGCAGCAGACCGCAGCACCUACGUCGGCGCAAUGAGAAAUGGCACCAUGUCUGGCAAAGGGGUACUUGCAUGGACCACCGGGGACUCAUUUCAGGGGAACUGGCUCGGCGACACAAUGCAUGGGUACGGUUUGUACACGUGGGAGGACGGUGGGUACUAUCUAGGCAUCUGGACAAGGGGGGUCAAGGAUGGGAAGGGCACUUUCUUCCCGAAAUCUCGCGGAGUCCUCGUCGAGCAUGAGCUCUACAUCGACGAUCUAAGGAAGAGAGGUGUUCUGCCUGACAUCACUAAUGUCAUGCAAUGCUCCUCUUCCUUCGAGAACGACACGAAUGUCGGUGUGAACCGAGGGGGUGCUAGAUUAUCCAGAAGAAACAACUUGAGUUUUGAUCAGCAGUCUCCCUCAGAGAAGCCGUCUUUGCAGAGACGCUGGAGCAUUGGGAUGGCUAAACCAAGUGCAGGAGAUUCUGAAACACAAGGUUGUGAAAACAGUGCUGAUUCUAGCCUCGAGGUACUCGAAAGGGAGUAUGCGCAAGGUGUUCUGAUCAGCGAGAUUGUGUUGAACAACGGCAACUCAGAAACGUCCAAAAAUGCGAGACGUCGUCGGCAGAGCAAGGCGGCGAAGGAUGUCAAAAGGCCUGGAGAGACGAUAAUCAAAGGGCACAUGAGCUAUGAUCUAAUGCUCAGCCUGCAGCUUGGAAUCAGGUACACAGUUGGAAAGAUUACACCGAUUCAGGCGCGUGAAAUGAGAACUUCUGAUUAUGGCCCCAGAGCAUGUUUCUGGAUGAACUUCCCCAUAACAGGGUCACGGCUUACUCCUGCGCAUUGUGCGGUAGAUUUUAAGUGGAAAGACUAUUGCCCAAUGGUUUUCCGGUUUGUUGCUUUAUCUCACUUUUCUUUUAAUAAGAUUGAGUAUAUUAUUUUGGUCAACAUAUGUUCUUAUGUUAAUGUAGUACUUCCUUAUACUUGGCUUAUCAAUGGCUUAACUACCAUCAUUAGAAACUUGAGGGAGAUGUUCAAGAUUGAUACAACAGAUUAUAUGAUCUCCAUUUGCGGAAGUGAUGCUCUUAGAGAGCUCUCUUCUCCCGGAAAGAGUGGAAGCAUCUUUUUCUUAUCGCAAGAUGACCGGUUUAUGAUCAAGACUCUUCGGAAAUCUGAAGCAAAGGUUCUUUUGCGUAUGCUUCCAUACUAUUAUCACCAUGUCCAUACUUAUGAGAACACACUCGUAACUAAAUUUUUUGGCAUCCAUAGGGUGAAACCUUCCAGCGGUCGAAAGUUCCGAUUUGUAGUGAUGGGAAACAUGUUCUACACAGAACUUAGAGUCCAUCGAAGAUUUGAUUUGAAAGGUUCAUCUUUGGGCCGCUCAAAUGAAAAAAUUGAAAUUGACGUGAACACGACAUUUAAAGACUUAGAUCUGAACUAUUCAUUUUAUCUCGAGCCUUCUUGGAGGGAUGCUUUGCUUAAGCAGAUUGGGACUGACAGCGAGUUUCUUAGGAAUCAGGGUAUAAUGGAUUACAGCUUGCUUCUUGGUUUGCAUUAUCGUGCUCGUCAAAGCCUAAAAAGAGGAGCAUCAUGCCAUGAAAGUCUUGUGCUAGACAAACUGACCAAUCUUACAGAAGGUGAUUCCAUGGAGGAAAAAGCAGCUUGUAACUAUCGUGAAGGGUUGGUUUUGGUGCAAAGAGGUAGCGACCAAAAGGGUGAAAUCGUUGUUAGCCCUCACAUACGGGGAAGCCCACUGGGUUUGUCGUCCGCUUGUUUUGAGGAAGUGGAUCUUCUGAUUCCAGGCACAGCAAGGCUGCCAAUCCAACUAGGGGUGAACAUGCCCGCAAGAGCGGAGAAACAAGAAGAGGAUGGCAGCAAAUCGCUCUGGCAAGUAUAUGAUGUGGUACUCUACAUAGGGAUCAUUGAUAUUCUCCAAAAGUAUAACAUGAAGAAGAAGAUUGAGCAUGCAUAUAAGUCCAUCAAGUAUAAGUACAACCCCUUGUCAAUAUCUUCUGUUAAACCACAAUUCUACUCAGAGCGAUUCCUCAAGUUCAUUCACACCGUCUUCCCUCAAAACUCUAGCUAGUUACAAUCUAACACAUGAUUCAUCUUUCCUUCCUUCUCCUCCGCAAGGAAAAUGUAGAAACAAAACCAUCAAAGGAAACAUCUUUGCUUUCUAUGUUGAUGUACAUGUGUAUGAAAUGGACUAAGAGCGUUGUAUGCAAUGUA